AUGAUUUUACAUAUAUUUUUAUUGAACAUUUUUUUAAUCAUAUUUCAAUGGCAAAUUAAACAAAUUUCAACAGAAACUGUUAGUGGUUGUACAAUAAAUAAUAAUAAUCGACGAAUAAACAAUGAUAAAACGUCGGUUACAUUAUCUUGUGCUAAUAAUGGAUAUAUUUUAGUUAAAAAUUUAACAUUCGGUGUACAUAAAACUUCAUCAUUCUCAACAGCAACAACAGCAACAUCAUCUUGUACAUAUCAACCAGGUGAUUGUACAACAAGAACAACAUAUAUUGGAAUGGAAUGUAAUGGACUUACUACGUGUGAUUUAGAUUUAAAUCCACAAUAUUUACAUAUAUGUAGUCAAUAUAGUGAUUACAUGGUACUUGAUUAUUCGUGUUUACAAGGUCCUAGUUUAUCUGUGUGUAGUAAUCGUUUAAUAUCAACAUCAUUAAAUAAAGAUCAUCGUUUAUUUCUUCGUAGUCCAAAUUAUCCUCAUGAAUAUGAAAAUUCAUUAAAUUGUUCAUGUCAAAUAAAUACAAUAAAAUCUUCUAUAAAAUUUCUUGAUUUUUAUUUGGAAGAACGUGACGAAAUGAAUAUAUGUUCACGUGAUUAUUUACAAAUUAAUAAUCGAUCAUAUUGUGGUUCAUCUAUUGAUGAUAACAAUAAUCAAAUGACAUCAUCGAUUAGUUUUGAUUCAUCAUUUCAAUUAAUAUUUAAAACAAAUGAUGUUAUUACAAGAAAAGGUUUUUGGGUAAUGAUUAAUAGUCAAUAUCCAUUACAAGUAUCAUGUAAUAAUCUAAUCGACUUAUCUUCUACAAUAAUAACAACAACAACAGAAGUUAUUCAAGAUUCUACAUCAACUUCUGUUAUAUCUUUAACUAAAUCAUCUUCUUUCAAUCUUAGUAAUAAUAAUAAUAAUGAUAAUAACAACAGCAAUAAUCCUAAGCGUCGUCAUACACUUUCAUAUAUACUUAUAUUAACAACAGUUUUUGUUGUUGUUCUUCUAUUAUUAAAUGUUCUUUUAAUUAUACUUUGUUGGAGACAACGACGACCAAAAACAACGAUUGAUUCAAAAACAAAUGAUACAAAUCGACCAUUUUUUUGUUCUAUACGUUCAUCAGCAUCAUCAUCAUCUUCAAUAACAUAUGGUGAAACACCUGUAUUAACUUCACUUGAUACACAAAAACAACAAACAUUAUCAACAAGAUAUAUAUAUCAAUCGAAUAAAGCAAAUUUAGAUACAACACCAUCGACAUCAACUACAACAGCAACAGGUCCAUAUGAAGAUCUUAAUGAUUCAAUAUCAAUACAUCGACAAUAUAAUAAACCAAAAUUAUCUGAUAGUCAUUCACCUUAUAUACAACAUCGACCGAUGUUUUCUUCACCAAAUACUGCUUAUAAUCGAAUGAUUCAUUUUCCACCAGUACCUAUUCGUUGUCAUCUUAGUUCGCCAGUACAAACUUUUUAUCCACCUCAACCUUUCAUUGAUUCACAACAUAUUUAUGAAACUAUACAAGAUGGACAUUGUCCAUAUCAACGUUUAGCAGCGACACUUCGUCGUCAACAACAACAACAGCAUCAACCACAAUGUACAUGUUAUUAUGAUCAUAAUGAACAAAACUAUCCCAUUAGAACUCUUAAUAAUGAACAUUUAAAUACGGAAUCAACUCCUGAAACUCUAGUCUGA